AGCGAAAAUCAGUUGUUACAAUCCAUCUAAAGUUUCCCUUUCACUUUCUCAUUCCCUUUCAUAUAUCCCGAGAAAAUUGAAAAAUAAUCAGAAAAAAAAGAAAUGCGAACUGUGAGUACCUUCACUGCUUCUUCACCAAUUUCACCGCCGACGGUCGUUCAAAGAUCGCCGUGGCAUUCUCCGGCCCCGUACCUCUUUGCCGGCGUAGCAGCCAUGCUACUGUUGAUAACUUUUGCUCUUGUAAUCUUAGCUUGUUCUUACUGGAAAAACUCCUCCGGCUACCCAAGAGAAAAUGGUAAUGAUGAUGAUCAGUCUCAAAGUGAUAUUGAAGCCGGCGCCGGCGAGAAAUCUGCCGCCGAUAUGUUAAAGGUUUUGCCGGUUUUUGAAGAGAAAAUUGUAGUGAUAAUGGCUGGAGAUUUAAACCCAACUUUCUUGGCUACGCCUGUAUCAAGCAGAAGUAAUUCUUUUGGUGGUGGAGAUAAAUGUGAGCAGAAUUUUGAAAAGGAGAGUGAAGAAUUAGCUGAUGAGAAGCUGAAAGAACAAGCAAUCACAACGGAAGUUAGGGAUGAUCAAGCCCAUGACGAAUCCCAAGACAGCCAUAGACAAAGCCACUGAGCUCAAAAACAGAGGGUUUUCCUCUUUUUUUUUUUCUUUUUUAUGAUUUUAGAUUUUGGUUUAUUUUUCAAUUUUGACAUCCGGGAAAUUGUAUUUUUGGCUGAGUUAAGAAGAGUGAGAGGAAAUUCUCAUUUUUUCAGUAAUCCGUAUUUUGGAAUUUAUUGGAAUUUUAGAGUUUUCCACAUUUGAUUGAGCAAAUGACCUAAUGAAUAACACUCUCGGACCUUUUCUUGA